GGUGUUGGUGCCCUUCUGGCCCUGCCUGCCAGGCUUGGGCAGCCGAGGAGAAGUAAGCACUUUUCCCCUCCUGACAAGCUCCAAGACCAGCAGAAGAUGCCUGGCUUGCCCAGCACUCCUGAGUGGUCCUGCCUAGUUGUCCUGGUUCCACUGUACCUGGUUCCCUCAACCAACUUGGGUAAUGUCCCCAGUGUUGCUGCUGACUCUUGGAACCCUGAGCAUCCCUCCUCACAGCCAAGGGGAAUAGCAUACUCUCCCAAGGUUGGGAUGAAGGUUGUCCUUGACCAGAUACUCCUCGAGCAUGACGAGAUGCAGCCUGUCAGCUGUGAGAAGUCUUCCCAGGGCCUAGCAAUUCUUGCUGGGUCUGCCAAGGCAUCUUUGGAGGAUUCGGAAGGAAGGGCUGCCGGCAUCGACCUUGCCCUCCAAGGCCAAGCAUCAGGAUGUCAUCACUCCCCUCGUGCCUCA